AUGUCGAUCUAAGCGGGUGAACCUAAGGCUGUCCGUAAAUCUAGGCUACGCGUAUUAAUAUUUUUGUUGUCAACCAGCUGGUUUUGAAAUUACGUAGACAGAUAGUUGCUGUAUUAUUUUUCAUUACGUCAUUAAUGACAAAAACAGUACGUACAGUACAGCGAAGUAAAUAAAAGCUGGUGAAGAAUAAUAUGUUGUUAAUAUGAAGAUGAGUUCGUUUUUAUAUGGAGUUUUCAGCAAAUCAGCUGCUUGUCUUUUUCUCUUUGUUGGAUUUUUGUGCCACAGUGCGAACAGCUCAGACGCGACUUGGGACGUGCUGGUGUUCUCGCAGCAAUGGCCCACCACCACAUGCGUGGAGUGGAAGGAGAAGAUGGCACGGCACACCUGCAUGCUGCCCCUAGCGCGCAGCAUCUGGACCGUGCACGGAGUCUGGCCCAGUAAGCUGCACUCGUUCGGGCCCUUCUUCUGCCAUUCGCCCCUACACUUCAACAUGUCACAGCUGCAGGGCAUUGAGCCGCAGCUCUUGGCCUACUGGACCAACAUUGAGAACGGCACCAGCACUUACGAUUUCUGGAAGCACGAGUGGAAGAAGCACGGCAAAUGUGCCUUGUCCCUGCCGGCCCUCGACUCGGAGCUGAAGUACUUUGAGCAGGCACUGACUUGGGCCAAGCAGUACAACAUGGCGGAUGUGCUGGGCAGGGCGGGCGUCAUCCCAAACACACAGGGCUACCUGGGCCAGGACGUGUGGACCGCCGUGAAAGGCGUGCUGGGCACAGACUCCGUGGUGCACUGCGUCACCGAUAAGGAGGGAGAGGCGUACCUGGCGGAGGUGAGGAUCUGCUUCAACAAGUCGCUGGAGCUGACGGACUGCGAUGGGAUAGCGGGCGUGGCGACGCACACCAACUGUCCCCCGGACAAGCGGGCGCUGUACCCCGGGCCCUCGGCGCUGGCCCCCGGGCCGGGCGAGCCCUUGAGAGCCCCCUGGCUGCUGGGCCUGCUGCGCGGCCUGCAGCUGCUGCACUGGGCCACCCUCUGAGGCGUAUUUACCCUCAAAUAAUAACUAGGGCUGAUCACCGAUCACAAUAAUCGGCAUCGGUACCGAUCUGCAAAUUAUAUACCGAUCACCAUACGCCGAUCAUUACAUACUAAAUCAAAAUUAAUAAACACUGAAUUAAGCUUACAAAUCCAAAGUUGUACGUUUCAAAUUUACUUACAAAAUAACUAAAUAAGGUAGGCCUACAAUUACGUAUCAACAAAAACACGAAUUUACAGUACAGUAGAACCUCGAUGAUACGUUCCUGUUUCAUACAUUUUCCCGUGUCAUACGCCGCUUAAUUUUGGUCCCGCCGAAAGUAAUAUAUUUACAAUGGUUUAUUUUCCCGGAACAUACACUAAUAAAAUAUUUAAUUUCCCGUUUCAUACGUUUUUACGAAGCGGAAAAGUCCCAAAAUUCACAAAUGGUUUGGUUUUAUUCCUCCUUAUAAACUUUGUGUAAUGCUUAUUGAAAAACGUCCAUUGUUUACCUUUGCAAACGUAAGAUUUAACUUUACUGCGCCAUAUAUAUGGAUAGCAUCAGGAAGAGUGUGCACUUCGCUGGUAGCAUCUAUGACCAGCACCGAAGCGAGACUAGUGGCGCAAACUAGCAAUGAUUAUGAAAACGGUGCACGCUCUUUACCAAGGCAUGGAUCUCAUAUUUUGUGCAUUCAUUAAUCUUUGAACUAAUAUACCUGUUUGUUAUUGUUUCCUUACAAUCUGAUUGUUUUGUAUUCUAAGUUUCUAAAGUUAAAAUUUUAUUGAAAAUUGUUCUGUUGCAUAAAGUUGUUUGUAAAAACAAACAAACAUUUCUGAUAUUUUUUUUUCUUUAUUUCUAAUUUAGGCUUGGUGACUUGUUGUCUAUUUUAGUGAUUCUUUAAAGCACUUAUUUUCAAGACCUGUGAAGAGUGUUGUAUGGGUACUUUGGUUUGUGGGGUAGGAAGGUCUAGAAAUAGUAGAAAUAGCAAAUACUUAGCUUACAUUAUAUUAUUGUUGAUUUUUAAAAACCUAUGAACAAAUUGUUGUCUGUCAGAAGUGUUAAAUAAAUGGUAAGUUAUCAUAAGGUAACUUUUUCAUUAAUUUUUUUUUUUAGAUUUUUAUUAUUAACAUCAAACAAGCUAUUUAGUUCUUAAUUUGUCUGAUCAGUGAUCGGCAAUGAUCGGUGCCGAUCAUUGGCCGAAAUGAUCUUUAUCGGAGUGAUCGGCCCAGCCCUUAUUAUAACGCAACCCCAAAUUUUUUGAUUAUGAGUUUAUGAAAUAUGUCUUUUGGGAGUGUAAAUCACAAUUCAGGUACAUAGCACUGGAAAAUUAUUAGAAUUAGUGAAUUUACUUAAUAAAUUUCUAUUGUUUUAUGACGGAUUCAAAAGUGGUUGUUCGGAAAGCGGAGAUUGCGGUGAUGUACGGUGGUCGUCUGGGAGGGUGAAAGAGGGGAGGAGUGCCUUCACAAGCAGCCGCAGCGAAGACAAACUCCAUUUGCAUCUCUGCCUCAGUCCACAUGUUAUCUUCCCAUCUGUCACGCCUGGAAGCACCUGGCCAAAGUGACACAAGUCAUGCAGUUUUCAGGCAGCUAUUCCCAAUGACAAGAAUCAAGUUUACGAAUAUAAUGUGAUCUCUACUUCUAUUUUCAGCAGUUUUGGUAAAACUCAUCACUUUAUUUUCGGGUGAAUACAGUAUAAAAAAAAAAAAUAAAAAUCAAAUAAAUGGGAGAAAAAAAAUAGCAUUGUCAUUGUAAAUGGUCUGAAAUGCUGGAAGGUGUAAAAUAAGGAAGUGUAAUAGGAGAAAUUGUUCUGCACUGUUUGCUAUGUAGUUGUACACUAAGGAGUGCUUUUUGAAGUCUCCAGGAGUACUUGCAACAAGCACUUGGCUUUGUGUAUGUCUGAUGACAUUUCCCAUUUCAGACCUUUAUUUGUAAGGCAUCAGCAAAUAAAAAUAAAUACGUACAAAUGUACAAAUUGUGUCAGAUAGUCAAGAUAUUGUAUAUGUAGAUUACUGUUGAAUAUAGAAGUAUACAGCCCCGUUGAUCAGCCUAGGCCAUGUGAUGCUGUGAUCUCAAAUAGUGCUAUGGACUUGACACAAAUAAAAUAAUUUUCUAACCAAUCACAUUUGAUACAUCUGUAAUGUCUCAGCACAAUUAAAUUUGCACAUGCAAUGAACCUAACUUGAAAGGUACUUGGACGAGGUUCAGAAUUUCGUUUUGAAUAUUAUGUAAACUGGUGCAUUCGUAAUACAAUUAUUACCGUUUUACCCAAGGAUUCCCAACUUUAAAUAUAAUGUGGCACCAAACUUUCUGAAUGAGUCCAGGGAGGAGAACACAGUUGAAAUAUACAAUUAUGGAGAGGAAAUUCACAGUUAAAAGACCAAACACUUAAUUUUUUUAAAUUAAAUAUGUAAUAAAAUUUAAAUAGUUAAACUUAUCUAGGCUAAUAUAAAUUUGAAUUUUGUCACAACACUAAACAAUAGUAUUUACAUUAACACUUAUUUUACAUAGAUAUAUUAACAGACUUGAUGUAGGCUUUUGGACAUACACCAUUGCUUAGCACAUGUAAUCUUAGCACAAAUCUUUCAAAGAUAAUAUAUUAACAGAGUUUGUUAUGUUGCUGUCAAUGUCUGCAAUGCUGCUGCUGCUACUGCCUAAACAGCCAGUCACUAUACUGUUGCCGAAGGUUUUCUUAAAUGACUUGUUGACAAUAACAACAAGAACUUGUAGCUGGCUUGUCAUUCCAGCUGGUGUAGCAGCCAAGUCUGUUUUAAGAUUAUUUAUUGUAGUUUUAACCUCAGGUGUCAGAUGUCCCAGAAACACAUCAAGGGACCAACAUGCCCCUUUUCUUCAGAAGUGCACCUGGGAGUCGAUUCCACACGAGUCGUAACCAUUCUUGCAUCAAAUCACUCGUCAUCCAGCCUUUUUCUUGACAACGAAUGAUUAUGUCUGGCGGAAACGCUUCUUUGGUAAGAGUUCUCCUUUUUAAGAUGAUGAAUGGUGACAGUUUCUUGCCAUCUGUCAAAACGGAUAACUUCGACAUGAUUCGCAGCUUCUAUUAUCCAGACGUUCUCAUGGUGUCAGUUUUAAUGCCUAUUGUUUCAACGUUACUGUUGUUGGGCAUGUUGAAAUACACUGCCGUUUCGUCAGCAUUUCCUAUUUGGCUGUACAAAUAAUAAUGUUUUCGCAAACCAAUUACUUAGUUCUGAAAUUUAAUCAUUUUCCCUUGGAAAUCUUUUGGCAGUUUUUUGCUAGUUGUGUUCUGCACCGCUAGCAAAAACCGUAACGGCGCAUCAUUCUUACACACCAACCAGUACUUGCCUUGAAGCUCAGCCGCAGAAUGUUCGAUUCACGAGCAAUAUCUUCGGCUUUUAAUUUUAUUACGGCUCGUGAAAUUGGAAUUCGGUCUCGUCUCUUCUCUUUGAUAGAAUUUACCAAGUGGGUUUCAAUAUCAGAAUACCAUCCCUUUUUAGGCCCUCUGAAUGCUUUUCUUGAACCAUUUGCAUUCUUGAGACGAAGCAAAUCCGCCCUCCAAUUACGCACGUUGCUUUCAGUAACGUCAUAUUUACGAGCAGCUUGGCAGUUGUUGGUUUGAAUUGUGUGAUUUGCCACUAUAAUCUUACAGUUAGCAUCAUAACUUUGUCUCAGUCCUUUUGACAUUUUAAAUUGUGAACUCUCUACAGUAUCCAUUUUAUAAAAAAAUUUCACUUUCCUACAAUGCCAAACACAGCACAAGCGACCAAACGACAAUCACUUCUGAUACUGACCCAAGCUCAAACUAUUUGCGCUGUUACUUCACGUUUUGGCCACGACCUUAAAAUAGUUGUCUCGCCGCGCCGUUUCAAAACAUUCUGCCAGCAGCAAAGAUGUAGGUUUGCGAUUAUACUCUGACCCUUACUUUCAGCUUUAGCUGUUUUAAUAAAAUUCAUUGCAUUAUAUUAAGGUAUAUACAGUAUUUGUAUAUUUGAAUUUUUUUGUGUAAAUUCAUGUCUGAAAUUUUUUAAGUUGGUACAUCCUUAUACAUUAAACUUUCCAAUAAAAUGUUAAAUGCAGAUCAAACUAUUUUUACUUAAACAGGUCCAUAAAAAUCAACUUAAAAUAUUGAUGGCUGUCAGGGUGUCAAAAUUGGAAGAGGAAAGUUAUUGCAAAAAAUUGAGUCCCAGGUGAGUUUAUGAAGGAAAUAAACUGAUCUAGAACCACUCACAACUGAAGUUAAACCUGUUUAAAAGCAACUUAAGAUGGAGUACAAGCGACUAACAGCCACUUAUUUCAAAGGUAAAGAAUGAUUACGAGACAAUCAGCUGCUUGCAGAAUGAACUGACAGACAGGGAGCACAAACACGUCACCCAAUUCUUCACAAUAGAAUAAAGCACAUUGUUGUGCAUUCCUAACAUAUUUAGUGUGAGAAGAAAUUGAAGACAAGCAUUUUGUGCUUGGUAAUGUACUCAGAAAAGAAAUGGUGUGUGAUCCUCACAAAUGUACCUUGUAUGAAAAAAUACUGUAUUUACCCAAAAAUAAUGCAACUCUGAAUAUAAUCCAACUUCAAAAUUUUUUUAUUAUGAUUUUAGGAAAAUGACUGAAUGGAUCACAGUUCCAGUACAUAGUAUGUGAACAUUAAUUUAUUGUUAUUUACUUGAGCCCUUCUGUUGCUGCUGUUGCCACAUGGCCUUUCUUGAAACAGCAAACAGUUAUACGGCUGCAGUUCAAAACAGGUGGUUCAGAAAGCCAGUGGUGCUAUGAUAUGCGGUGGCCGGGGGAACGUGGCGUGACUAUUCCUUCCCCCUGCAGAGGUUCAGGAAGCAAACAUGAUGCACUUUACAGGCAGAGCAUGUUGUUUUUCAACUAAGCCGUUCCUGAUUGCAAGAUAAAAGUUCGCGAUUAUAAUGUUACCACCCUCCUUUUAGUUUCAGUUGUUAUGGAUUAAAUUCAUUGAAUUGGUUUACGUUAAAUACCCUCUUUUAUCGCAUAAUCGUCGCACCAAUAUUUUAGUGCAUCAAAAUUUGGAUUAAAAAACCUCUCGCGUAAACGUUACAUGAUGUUUUUGGUCCCGCUAUUAGAUUUCGAGCACUUUGUGUAGGUAUCUUUUCCGUAUAAAACAAUGUAUUUUAAAGUAUAAAUCUAAUAUUUAUUCGGACUUUACCACUUAAUUAUUUAAUUAACGGAAAUACGAAGUUGUCUAUUGUGUAUAUUUUCUUUUAAAGAUGUUUUUACACGUUAUAACCUUUAUCUGUCUUUUAUCUGUACCGCUUAUAAAAAUGUAGCCAGUGCUAGUUGGCAUCAUUCAUAUAUUUGGUUAUGUUGCUUCCCGUAUAGAGCGCGCACGUAGUCGAAUAUCGUUAUCUCGCCAAUUGCAUGAAACGCGCGCUCUCUGUCGAGUGCCGAGUUAACUACAUUUGAUGGCCCGCACUCUUUCGUGGUAAGUGUGUACUACGACGAUAGUUACGCAUUAGUUCAGGCUCGCAUACGCAUUCACAUUUUGUUUUUCUAUUUCAAGUUGAAGAAAGGUUUUUGUUGCAUGACUUAUUAAUUUAAAUUGUUCGGCGUGCUCUUGUAUACUCCACUUUUAAAUAAACGUACUUUGCAUGAAUGGGUUUGGUUUUUAUGAUUAACUUUACCUAACAAAUUUUUUUUCUUCGCAUAAACGUUGCACCCCUAUUUUUUAAACUUGAUUUUAGUAUAAAAUGUGUGACAAUUCUGUGAUAAAACAAGCAUACCUGCCAACUUGUUAGGAGUGCAAGCAGUAAGAUUUCCAAAUUAACAAAUCUAAAGCGUAAAUCAGGCACGAUGUUUAAAAUAAGAUAUCCAGAAAAUACGUGUUUAUUUUGCAUUGAUAACACCACGUCUCUACCCAAAAUACGAAAGUUAAAUAAAAAGUUACUGUAAUUUAUUAAUACUUAACAGCUUGAAUACAAAAUAAAUGAUUUAAUACACAUGUACACAAGUUAAUGUAUAUAUAUAUUUUUUCUUACCGAGAUAGGCCUUUAUCAUAAGUCCUUUAGUUUCUUCCUUUUGGAGCACAAAUCAUAAAAUUAAGUUCACUUUAGAGCAUGUCAUUACUAUCAGUUCAGAAAAAAAAUCACUUCUUGUCAAUGUAGUUAAAUUUGCUAAUUAUGAGUUAAUGUUAAUAUAUACACAAAACUGCCACACAAACACACAGUGUAGGAAAAAAACAGUAACUUAUUCCCUACGACUACUUGACUGUGCACUGGAAUUUUGCAGAUACUGUACAGAAGCAUGUUUAGCUCUUUUUAAAAGUAUUUCUUUCACCCUCACUGGCAAACUUGCAGAAGCCUUUUCUGCAGCCAAAUUAAUUAAGUGGCACAGACAACCUAUGACUACUAAAUUUGGCUGCUUUUCUUUUAAUACAGAAAUAACACCAUUUUUAACUCCAACCACAGCCAAAACCUAUACAAUUAUGAAUUGGCACAUUAAUGCUUUCAAGUACUGAUAGCAAUAACUACCCAAUAUUUUUACCAGUAGAAGCACCUUCCAAUGAAGGUAUGGCCAAAACACAACUAGUUACUACCUGCAGUCAGGGUUGUAAUAAGUUACCACGAGAGUAUAUAACUUAUUACUUGUGUCAUUGCUUCCAUCAGCCACUUUGCAAGCACUUUACUACUGAAGUAGUAGUAUUGGAAGCCAUUUCUUUUACUAUUGCUGCAGUUUUAGUGCGCCCACAGCUGUACAUUUUUGCGAUAUGAGACCCUGGGAACAUUUUUCGAAACAAAUUCCCGGCGUGGUCAGCGACGCUGAAUGGAAGGUUAUGAUCCACUAAAAGCUUGUAAAAUAACAUUCCGCCCUAAUCACAUCACUGUCACUGUUGCGGUUCACGGAAAAAAACUUCUGAUUUUUUUUUUGUUUUCUUCUGCAAGCUUCGCGUUAUUUGCAUGUUUCAAGCUCUUGACGUGAUAGGAAAUAUUGUGCUUGCCGCCAUGGGAAACAUUAAUGUCGCAACGACAAACACUACAAAACGCAAAAUUAGAGCCUUUUUCACUCUUAGUAAUGAAAGGAAAUAAUUCUGAGUAAGAUGACGGAAACACCUGUUCAUAUUGUUUUUUACUACUCGUAGCCAUUAUGAAAUCAUAUUAUCUUACAAGCGCUAACUUAUAAAAUAUUUACCGCACUCGUACAUAAACGGUUAAGUCGUUAUCACUCGUCUCCAGCCAGCCUGCUGUGUUCCAAAGAAACUUACAAAAAUUACUUUCUUUUCGGAACGAUUUUUUUCUGACUCCAUUAUUCUCAUAUUAUUGCGGACGUCAUGUUGUUAAACAAUAACAAAUGCUGCUCAAACGGUACAUUUAUUUGAGCACUAAAAUAUUAUACUGCAUUUUUGGACAGACAAAAAUCGUAAGAUGUUCAGAAUUUCGGUACAAUCGUAAUAUGAAUUAUUUUCCGUACAAAUUACGGGAAAAUCGUAAAAGUUGGCAGAUAUGAACACGGUACUGUAUUGUGCACUUCUAUGAUGAAAUUAGGCAUUAAGGAUGUCAAGAGUGUGUUAAUAUGCUGUUGGUGACUGUAAUCAUUUUUGUGCAUGAGAUUUCUUUGUUUAGUGACUAGUUGUAGCUAAACCCUGUUUUCCAUCUUCUUGCCUCCAGUAUAAACAACAAACUUAAGUAUCAAUUUAAGUACAGGAACAAACAAAAGAUAACCAUCUGUGUAUUCUUAUCUGUUGGUUUAAGUUCGGUGAAAAAUUUAACUAAUUGAUUUGUUGAAAAGUUUGUGGCCUGGUUAUAUAUUUUCCAUUGGUUUGCUCAUAUAUUUUUGUUUAAAAUUAUAAUACUCAUUUUUAAACUAUAGCACAGUGAAUCAGAACUAGUCUUUUUAAUCAGAUGAUGUGUGGAUUGUCUGUGAUAUGCAUAUAUUGUGUGUAUUGUUAAGUCUGUGUUGAUGUAAAAGGUAGGCGCAUGAAAAACUUGUAAUCAACUCAUGCACGGCACCAAUGACAUGGAUUGGAUUUAAGAAGUACAUUUCAAUAUUUUAUUAAAUAAAGACAGUGCCUACCUGCAUCGUACAUAUUGGUUCGUACAAUGUGGAUGACUGAAAGACACACAGGAUGGAGUACCCGUUCAAAAAUUCUAAUGCUCCAAUUGCAAUGUGCAUACAUAUUCCUGCUGUGCGUGCGUCUACCUUAAUGACCCACUCGGAAUAGUUUUAUUUUUACUAACACAGUGGUGUCUAGAGGAAUCUAAUCUUCAUUUUCUUCCAAAUAAGCUGUGUAGUUCUGUUCCCUGUGAUGUCAUUAUGGGUCAGGUGUUCCUCUGCAUUAUGAUCGAUAAUGGAUGUUAUGUUGUAUAUUUUCAAAUUUGAUUUUUAAUAUCACACAAAAAAAUAGUUUGCAGUACAUUUUGAUCUCUCAGUUACAUAGUAUUUACAAGAACAUUCUAAUGAAUUUAUACCAGUCAGUAAUUUGACCUGUAGUAGUUACUGGUACAGAAUGAGAUAGAAAUGUUAUAUAAAAUUGGUAUAAGUAGUAAACAAAUAUAUUUGUGCUAUAAAGCUGUUACACACAUAAAUAUUUGUUUUAAGUCCAUCCACACUUCUUAAUUUUCUUUCAAAAUAUUUUUGUAUUUCUCAAGAGCAAAUGAUUGCUGAUUAUUUUAAAAUCGUACUGUUUGGCUACAAACUCUCAUAAAAUAAGGAAAAUAAAAAAUAAA